AUGCGAACAAUUGCAGACACAACUGCUGCUGCCUCUGUUUCUGGUGAUAAAGAUAUGGAGCUGCUGCGCAUGAUUCAAAAAGCAAGUCGCCGUCCUACAAGAGCACGAGAAAAGCGUGCCGCGCCGAACGAUGAGCCACUGCUGCGAAACAUACACACAUCUGAAGAGGCUGUUGCCUUUUUCACUGCCAAUGGCAACUCUACGAGCUUGAAGUAUGUUUUCCUGAACUGUGCACCGAAAGGAUUAGAUUUCCGCCCGUAUGAUUUGGUAGCUACAAAGAAAGGCUCUGAGGAGCCCGAGCACUACAUAUUGAGCACGACCGGAAUUGUGCAUGUGCAGCCUGGCAGGUUUUCGGAGGUAAUGACCCUUUCUGAGUGGAUGAAAGAAUCGUCCCUAUUCAACAUUCUACGCAAGAUUCCAUUUUUCAAGAACUUCGUGCUUUAUAAAGCAUUCCUGCGUCUGCAAAUGAAGGUGGCGCAGCGCAAGUACGCUGCGACACGGAGGUCACUGCAGAAGGACCUACUCGUUGCGAAAACUACGUUUGCCUGCCCGAUGCUGGACUUGGUGAAAUACUCGCAUACUAUAUCCGAUACCAAGCUAAUUGAAUACGAUCCGCAAGGCAAACACGAUUACCUUGUGGACGAUUAUAACCUUGGCCAAUCGAUUCAGCGGCAGAAGGCUUCUGUAUUCGUUAACGGUAUCAUGGAGCACAUAGAGGAGAAGGUGACAAAAUUGGUAGAGGCACUGAAGCACCGUGCAGAUGUUCCUGAUAUCAACACCCGAGAGGCACUCCAACAAUAUCUUCUCAUAGUUGCCGCUGGUGAGGUUUCAGAUACCCGGGUGAAGCGAAAGAAAAAGUCGAUGAUUGAGGCUCGCGAGGACUUGGAGCGGCGAAUGUGUGAACUGAAGCGAAGCUUAGUCGAAUACUCGAAGCUGCAUGUCUUUAUUCGACUCAUCGACCUCGUGGUAUCUGAGCAACUCUUUCAGAGAGUGCUAUCUGUUCUACAGACUUUUCUCAAUCUCGUUCGUGGACAAGCGCAGAGCGAGGUGCGAAAGGUCGGUUUCCAGGUGCUUCUACGUCCCGAAGAGUCAACUGUCAUCCUUGACCCGAAAGAGUCCGUUUUGCGCGCUCUUUUUGCGGAGCUACUCUCUGGUUGCACAGACACCGCCACUAUCGGCCCACGUUUAUGCGAGCAAAAGCAUCUCAAAGCUCUCUUUCCGUCACCACCGAAAGUGUGGAACAUUGGUGACGAGUUGCGGUCGAGUGCUAGAGUGGUGUGGAUCAACACAGCACUGCUUUCAAUUCUGCACAGCGACUACGAAAAAGCUGGCGGUCGACUGGUCACCUACCUUGCAACUAUGCCACACAUUCAGUUCUUGCGAAAAUCGUGGGAUGAGAUUUCAGCUGAGUACAAACAGGAAGCAAACGAGGUAGUUUUGUCAGCUACGAGUCUGGCGAAGCUGUACCACCGACUGCAAGAGGCCCAGGACUCGCUUCGUGUGCUAAUUGCCACGUACGUCGGAUGCUUGCUGUGGGUGAAUGCUGCUAAACUCAAGACGGAGAUUGAGCCGCGCAUGACAAUCCUGCGCGACGCAAUCAACGCCUGCUUGCGGAACACGGCGCACGACACGAUCAGAGAGCUGAAUGCCUAUUUCAAGUCAAAGACGCAGGUAAUGAAUGAGCGCCCGCAAGCGCUGCGCGAAUUCGCCGACUACAUAGCAGUAUUUAAAGAAAUAGCUGAAAGCACGAACGAAACAGACAUGAAGGUUGCGCAGGCGGAAGCGCUCUGCGAGCUGAUGGAUAGGCAGCAGGUCGACUUCAGCGAUGACGAAGACAAACAACUGCGCGAGCGCACGCUAAGCGGCAGUUCUACAACGAAGUCGCUGCACAGCCUCUUUGAUGAAGCACGAAUUUGUGCCGAGGAAUUCAUCGAAGAAAGCAUGCCUGCGCAUGUCGACACGCUGCAGUUAGAGGUGGCAAACGUAAAUGAGGAGUGUAGUGGUCUUAACGAAAUUCUGCUGGGUGAGGAAUUUGCUCUCGUGACGGAUCAUACAGAACCACUUCUCCAGUACCUGGCUGAUAUAAAUGCUAAACUGGCUGAAGUGGACUUGAGGAAGGGGCAACUGAGCCGCUCUGCAAAGCUUUUCAACUUGCAACCAUUUGACUGGACAUUCGUCAGCGAUGUGAAAACGCUCUACCAGGCACGCGAGGAAAUAUGGAGUAUGCUAGACUCAUUCAAUAAAAAGUCCGAGUACUGGUUUGAAACUCCUGUCAAGGAGCUGGACACAACCGACAUGGAGGAGCAGGUGACUCUUCUGAUCCGCCGUGCAGGUGCGGUCAACCGCACAAUGCUGGAGCGCAACUAUGAAGACGAGGUGGCACCGCAUUUGUUAGCGGAAUUGCAAUCUAUCCGGGCCAACAUGCCCGUGAUUCAUGAUUGUGGCAACAAGCAUAUGACAUCCGAGCACUGGAACGCGGUGCUGAAGCGAGUCACCGGCACCGCCUACAGCUACCAUGACGACCUGAACUUGAACUCGCUGGAGGAGUGGGACAUCUUCUCCUUCAAAGAGGCGCUCGCGGAGCAGUCAGGUCUUGCGACUGGCGAAUGGAAGAUUUCAAACGAUUUGGACGUGAUCAGACAGAGCUGGGACGCGUUGAACUUCAUGACGAAGCCGUACAAGAGCUGCGACGGUGUGUUUAUUUUGGAUGGACUGGAAGAGGUGAUUCAACAGCUGGACGACCAUCAAAUCGAGCUGCAGACCACGAUGGCGUCGCGAUUUGUUGCACCUGUGCGAGCCAAGGUGGAGAAGUGGCUUCUCGAUCUUCGAGUCGUAGGCAAUGUCAUUGAGGAGUGGAUUACGCUGCAAAAGAACUGGAUGUACCUGGAGUUCAUCUUCUCCUCUGAUGAUAUCAAAGAGCAGCUGCCUGAGGAAAGCACCUUGUUUGACAGCGUAGACCGUUUCUUCCGCUCGCUCACGUCAAAGGCGCACAACCAGAAGAACGUGCUUCGGAUUUGCAUUGAGGACGGGGUGCUGGAGGACUUACAGCGGAGCAAUGCGAACAUAGAUGUGAUUCAGAAAAAAUUGGAGGACUACCUGGAGACGAAGCGCAUUGCCUUCCCACGCUUUUACUUCUUGUCAAACGACGAGCUGCUCUCCAUCUUAUCAGACGUGCGCAACCCGAAAGCUGUUCAGCCGCACUUGUCCAAGUGCUUCGACUCUAUUGCAUCGCUGCUCUUCUCUGAUGAGGAGUGCACUGAAAUUGUAGGGAUGGUGUCGGGGGAAGGCGAGCAGGUGCCGUUCGAGGCGCCUGUGUACCCUAUCGGCAAUGUAGAGCAGUGGCUGAGCGACAUCGAGCGCAUGAUGAAAGCGUCGCUCCUCUCGCAUAUGCAUAGCACUAUCGAAAUGGUGUCCCAGCACAAGCGUGAGGAGUGGAUGUUCCAGCAUCCGGCGCAGUGCAUUCAGGCUGUGGACAUGAUUAUCUGGACGGGUCAGGUGGAGGCCGCAAUUGAAAGAGCGGCGCUUCAGUCUUUCUACAAGGAUUACCACGACCAAAUUCUCCGCAUGGUCGAGCUGACGCGUCAACCUUUGUCAAAGAUGCAGCGUAUGCUCGUCGGCACCCUCAUCGUUCUGAAUGUGCACAAUCGUGACAUAGUCCACAACCUGAGUGGCGAAGGCGUGACGGCUGUGGAGGACUUUGCAUGGUAUCAGCAGUUGCGUUACUACUGGGAGUCGGACGCGCGCCAGGCGCAAAGCGGCGGCAAAAACGUCGAGAUCCGCCACUGCAACGCGCAUCUUUGGUACGGCUACGAGUACCUCGGCAACCAGCCGCGUCUCGUCAUCACCCCACUUACCGAUCGUGCCUUCUUGACUUGCACCAAUGCUCUCGCCAUGAACCUCGGCGCAGCCCCACAGGGUCCCGCAGGUACUGGUAAGACAGAGUCGGUGAAAGAUCUCGGCAAGGCGCUGGCACGACAGGUCGUCGUCUUCAACUGUUCUGACGGCAUUCACUACAAAACAAUGUCGCGCAUGUUUGCUGGUUUGGCGCAGGCUGGAGCCUGGGCCUGUUUCGACGAGUUCAACCGUAUUGAGCUGGAGGUACUCUCCGUCAUCGCGCAGCAAAUGCUCGACAUUGUCCUGGCACUGGGCCAGAAGUUGGAGCGGAUGGACUUUGACGGGCACCCGAUUCGUCUCAGCUCUAACUUUGGUGUCUUCGUCACGAUGAACCCCGGCUACGCUGGCCGCACGGAGCUGCCUGACAACCUCAAGGCACUCUUCCGACCGAUUUGCAUGAUGAUCCCAGACUACGCCUUGAUCGCAGAGAUCAUGUUUUACUCCGAAGGCUUUGCAAACGCACAGUGUCUGGCGCAGAAGAUGGUGCAGCUGUACAAGCUCAGCUCCGAGCAGUUGUCAAAGCAGGACCACUACGAUUUUGGUAUGCGCGCCGUCAAGUCCAUCUUGGUCAUGGCCGGCUCCCUGAAGCGGCAGAGCCCAAGCGAGAGCGAGGACAUGCUCCUGAUCCGGGCGAUGCGGGACGCGAAUGUGCCGAAGUUCCUUCGCGAGGAUACAACUCUUUUCAUGGCGCUCGUGAAGGACCUGUUCCCAGCCAUCGUAGUGGAGGAGAACCCGAAUACGCUGCUGCUCAGCUACAUCCACCGCCAGCUCACGGCAGAUGGGCGGCAGGUGGUGGACGGCCUCGUGACGAAGGCAAUGCAGUUGUACGACACGCUUGUCGUGCGGCACGGCGUAAUGCUGGUGGGGCAGACCUUCACCGGCAAGUCUACUGUGCUGCACACUGUUCAGCAGGCGCUCACGCAUAUCAAGCAGGAUGGCCACGACGCCGAGGGUAACGUAUCGCUCUUCAACCCGGUGCACGUUCACCUGCUGAACCCCAAGUCCGUCACCAUGGGUGAGCUGUACGGACAGGUGAACGCGAUUACGCGUGAGUGGACCGAUGGCAUUCUGAGCAACAUUGCCCGUGGCAUCACCCAAGCGGCGCUGACGAAACUAGAUCGGCAGUGGAUUGUAUUCGACGGCCCUGUCGACGCUGUCUGGAUCGAGAACAUGAAUACUGUCCUCGAUGACAACAAGUUGCUCUGUCUCUUCAACGGUGAGCGCAUCAAGCUUCCGGCGACGGCAACGUUCAUGUUCGAGGUGCAAGACCUGCGCGUGGCCUCGCCGGCAACCGUAUCCCGUUGCGGCAUGGUGUACAUGGAGCCGUACUACCUGGAUGGCAACCGCGGCUGGGUCCCCAUCACCCGCAGCCUCAUCGAGGCAAAGGCAAAGGUAGACACUCGCCUGCACGCUGAUCGACUGCUGGAGCUUCUGGACACGCUACUGCCCGAUACACUGGAUUUUGUGCGCGCCAACUGCCGUGAGUGGAUCCCGUCCAUCGACGCGCAGCUGGCUGUGAAUUGUGUGGAGCUUCUGCAGGGCUUCCUGGCCACCUCCGAAGACGCUGCGGUGUGGCCGCGCGAGGCGAUCACCCCAGCCGAGACCCUGGACGCAGAUUGCGACGAUGGCAGCGGCGCGCCUCACGGGGACACGGACCUGUACGCCGCUACAAACCGCAGCUCUUUGCUCGCUGUCGCCAUGCCUAUACCAAGCACGCCAGCAGAGUUUACGCGGCUGGCGAUCACCAGUGCCACCGCGGCGACACCGGACGAGCGCCGGCUCUUCGACAUGUACUUUCUGAUGGCCUUUGUGUGGGCGAUUGGCGGAAACCUGCGUGACGACGCGCGCGAUAUCUUUAGCGCGUUUUUGCAUGACAAGGUGGAGGCGGUGCUACCGGGCCUGCUGCCCUUGUCCUCCGGCGCGGCAGCCGAAUCGGAAGAGGCGCGUCAGAAGGUCAGCCUGUACGACUACGUGGUGCACCGCCCAUCAAUGCAGUUCAUUACGUGGAGCCACCUCGUGCCGACGUUCCUGUACAACCCUCGCAGCUCGUACUUCGAUCUGGUGGUGCCAACCGCUGAAGGGGUAGCGUUCCGUACGCUGUUAGGUGUGUUGACGGCGUCUUCGCAGCACGUCCUUGUCAAUGGUGUGACUGGCACAGGCAAGUCGCUUGGAAUUACAACCUUCCUGGCAAGUGCUCUGCACACAGACGAUCCGGCAAGCGUGUGGGAGUCGUUCAGCAUCGUGUUCUCCGCGCAGACGCGCAGCAAGGACAUUGAGAAUCGCCUGGAGAACAAGCUGCACAAGAUCCGCAGCACAGCCCUCGGUCCUACUCCAGGCAAGCGCGCCAUUCUGUUUGUGGACGACAUCAACAUGCCCACACCGGAGAUCUACGGCGCCUCGCCCCCGCUGGAGCUGCUCCGGCAGCUCAUCUCACAGGGUGGCUUCUACGACACGCACAAGAGUCCGGCCUUCUUCAAAGAGCUGCACAAAGUGCUGCUGCUCGCGGCAUGCGGUGUACCGGGCGGCGGCCGCAGCGAGAUGACGCAACGCCUCACCUCGCGCUUCCACCUCAUUUGCCAGCCGGCACUGUCUGAGUCGUCAACGCGGCGCAUUUUCGGCUCUCUCCUGCACGGCUUCCUGCACCAAUGGGACUCCGAUGAGAUUCGGACCCUAUCUACGAAGCUGGUGGCCGCCACGCUGGCGUGCUACGAGCGUAUCACUCAGGAGAAGCUUCCGACGCCGACGCGCUCGCACUACACGUUCAACCUGCGAGACAUUGGCAAGGUUAUUCAGGGUAUCAUGCAAACCUCGCCGCGCGUGACGUCGUCGCCGGAGGCCUUCUACCGUCUCUUCCUACACGAAGUGUCGCGUACGUACCACGACCGCCUGGUAGACGCUUCGGACCGCGCGUGGUGGUGGUCGAUGCUGUCGGCGGUGUCCAAGAGCGUGCUGCAGCACCCGUGGAAUCCGAUUUAUGAGGAACUCCUCUUUGGUGAUUUCAUGCGCCGCGAUCGCGCGCAUUACGAGGAGAUCACGGACACAACUGACGCGAUUGCGCGCGGGCUGACGGAAUACCAAAGCGGCCUCAACACGGAGUACAACAAGGAGGUUGAGCUGGUGUUCUUCAAAGAUGCUGUGCAGCACGUUGCGCGCCUGUGCCGUGUGCUCCGCCAGCCGCGUGGCCACGCCCUCGUCGUGGGCAUGGGUGGCAGCGGCCGCCAGUCGCUCUGUAAGCUUGCCGCCUUCAUCUGCAACUUACCCAUUUACGAGGUGACCAUUACGCGCACCUUCAACAUGAAUGAGUUUCACGACGUCCUCAAGAAGGUGCUGCUCGACAGCGCGCGCCACGACAAGCCCGUUCUCUUCUUCCUAUCCGACACACAACUCGUGCACGAAGAGAUGCUGGAGGACAUCAACAACCUGCUGAACACCGGAGAGGUGCCGAACUUGAUGGAGUCCGAGGAUGUGGAUCAGAUCGUGGAGGCCGUUCGCCCGUACGCCAUCGCGGCUGGAAAGCGCGAAACGCGGAACACAAUUUUUUCCCACUUUGCGAGCAUGUGCCGCGACCAGGUUCACAUCGUAAUGGCAAUGUCGCCUGUGGGCGAGCAGUUCCGCCGGCGCCUGCGCAUGUUUCCGUCUCUCGUGAACUGCUGCACCAUUGACUGGUUUGACCAGUGGCCGUGCGACGCACUGGCAUCUGUGGCGAACCGCGUCCUGGCAAACCUCUCCAUGGAGGAGCGCGACAAGGAGCGCCUGAUUAAGUUGUGCGUUGCCAUUCAUAUGGAUGUGCAGGAGGCGUCGGAGCUCUUCUACAGCGAGCUGCAACGGCGAACGUACACCACCCCGACGUCGUACCUGGGGCUGCUCACGAGCUACCGCCAGUUGCUGGAGGAGCAGGAUAAGUCUGUCACGGCGCAGGUGGAGCGGUACCGAGGUGGCCUCGACACUCUACUCAGCACAAGGACGAUGGUGGAUGCCAUGAAGGUGAAGUUGAUCGAGAUGCAUCCCAAGCUGGUGGAGGCGGCCAAGAACACAGAGGAGAUCAUGGGCCGGGUCGAGAGGGAGCAAGAGUCCGCCGAGGUGGUCCGCAAGCAGUGUGCAGAGGAGGAGGAGGGAGCAAGUGAGAUCCAGGCCGAGGCCGAUGGCAUCCGCGGCGAGUGCCAGGUGGAGCUGGACAAGGCAAUGCCGAUUCUGAAAGCCGCCGAAGACGCGCUGGCCGACCUGCGCCCCGACGACAUCCGUGAGGUGCGCAGCUUUUUGAAGCCUGCCGUCCGCGUCGUGCUCGUGCUGGAGGCGGUACUGGUGUUGCUCGGGGAGAAGGACCUCAGUUGGGACCGGGCGAAGCUGGUGAUGAGUCGCAUGGACUUCAUCAAGGAUCUCCAAAACUAUAAGCGCGACGACAUCUCUGAGAAGACGAUCAAGUCGAUCCAGAAGUACAUCAAAAACCCUGACUUCCAGCCAGAGGAGGUGGCGAAGAGCUCCAAGGCAUGCAAGUCGCUGUCGAUGUGGGUGAUGGCGAUGAAUAACUACUACGAGGUGGUAAAGGUAGUGGCACCGAAGAGGGCGCGGCUGGCAGAGGCGGAAGCUAAGGUCGCUGUGGCCACACAAGCGCUCGAGGCCGCACGUGGUCGUCUACGCAGCAUCGAGGACAAGCUGACUGCUCUGCAGGCUGAGAUGAAGGAGAAUGUGCUCAAGAAGCAUCAUCUGGAGGAGGAUAUCGAGUUGACUACAGUGCGGCUGGAGCGGGCGGAGCAGCUCAUGAACGGCCUGGCCUCGGAGCAGUCGCGUUGGUUGGAAGCAGUGGCAAAACUCGUGGCGGAAAAACAAGGCCAUCCUGGCACCGUGGCGCUGGCCGCUGGCGCUGUAACCUAUCUGGGGCCCUUUACUGCGCCCUACCGCGAUCGCCUUCUGCGCGCGUGGCACGCCAAGUGUGUGGAACUAGGUCUGCCCGUCGGCGGCUCAGGCUUCCAGCUCUCCAGCAUCAUGGACCCAGUAUUCAUCCGUGGCUGGGCGCAGCGAGGACUCCCAAUGGACUCCUUCAGCGUGGAGAACGGCGUCGUCGUGACAAAGUCGCGGCGCUGGUGCCUCUGCAUUGACCCACAGGGGCAGGCUGUGAGUUGGAUUCGCGCCAUGGAGAAGGAAAACAACUUGCGGGUGGUAAAGCUGACGGACGUGAACUACAUGCGAACCCUGGAGAAUGCCAUUCGCGUUGGGCUGCCGGUGCUGAUCGAGAACGUCGGCGAGUCGCUGGACGCGGUGCUCGACCCUGUGCUGCUGCAGCAAACGUACCACUCGCAAGGAAGACUCCUCAUCAAGCUCGGCGACAGCGAGGUGGACUACGACCCGAAGUUCCGACUCUACAUGACAACAAAGCUGUCGAACCCCUUCUUUCUGCCAGAGCUUCAGAUUAAGGUGACAAUCGUCAACUUCACAGUAACACAGACGGGGCUGGAGAAUCAGUUGCUCGCGGAUGUGGUGCGGGUAGAGAUGGCGGAGCUGGAGCAGCGGGCAGACCAGACGGUGCUGGACAUUGCAAACGGCAAGUCCGAGCUUAAGGCGCUCGAAAGCAAGAUCCUGAAGUUGCUGGCCUCGUCGACCGGCAACAUCCUUGACAACGAGCAACUUGUAAGCACCCUGCAAGAGGCCAAGGCGACGAGCGAGAGCGUGAGCGAUGCGCUGCGCGUGGCGGAGGAGACGCAGCGAGAUAUCGAGACGGCACGUGACCGCUACCGCCCCGUUGCGCGGCGCGGCGCCACCGUCUACGCCGUUAUCACAGAGCUCUCCGGCUUGAACCACAUGUAUCAAAACUCCCUCGACUUCUUCAAGCAGCUGUUCGUCCUCACGCUUCGGCAAACUGAGAAGCAGGACUCGGUGGACCAGCGUGUGGCAACCCUGCUGCCGGCUGUGACGCUGCGCUCUUACAACGCCAUCUGCCGCGGACUCUUCGAGGCGGACAAGCUCAUCUUUGCCGCUCUCCUUUAUGUGCAUGUGGCGCGGCAGGAGAGCACCAUCGCAGACGAGGAAUGGUCCUUCCUCCUCAAGGGAAGUGAAGGGAAGCGCUUCGUGGAUGAGGAGAUGGAUCCGCCGCCUGUAUGGUUGACGCUGUCGGUGUGGAAUGAGCUGACGGCACUGACGGAGACCUUGCCGGCCUUCGCCUCACUUAAGGACUCCGUCAUAGACAACGAGACGGAGUGGAGUGAGUGGUACGCCGGGGAAAAAGCCUACGAGGCCUACCCUGCCAGCCUCGGCUCCUACUCGGCGUGGCAGCGCCUGCUCAUCCUGAAGGUGCUCCGGGAGGAUCUGCUCAACUACGGCCUCUCCCAGCUCAUCGAGCGCGAGCUUGGCAGGGCCUUCACGGAGAGUCCCGCCUUCGACCUCGAAGGAUGCUACCAGGAUAGCACCCCGAUGGCGCCGGUGAUAUUUGUGCUGACUCCCGGCACGGACCCAACACAGCUCUUCACGGAGUUUGCGGAUCGCAAAGGGUUUGGUGCGCGCAAGAUGAUGCUGUCGCUUGGCCAGGAUCAGGGUCGCAAGGCCGAGGAGAUGAUUCGGGUCGCCAGCACCGAGACAGGGGCCUGGGUAUACCUUCAAAACUGUCACGUGUACACGUCGUGGAUGCCAUCGCUGGAGCGCAUCUUGGAAGAGCUAACGCACCGUGAGGUACAGCGCGACUUCCGACUGUGGCUCACCACAAUGCCGGUGGCUUCCUUCCCAGUGCUGCUGCUGCAGUCUGGCGUGAAGGUGGUAAAGGAGCCGCCGCAGGGUCUGAAGGCGAACAUGCGUGACGCCUUCGCCGUAGCUGUGACACAGGAUCUGUGGGACAGCUGCCCUCGUAACCCGACGACGUGGCGUCGCAUUCUUCUCUCGUUAACCUUUUUCCACGCCGUCAUCCAAGAGCGCCGCCGCUUCGGCCCGCUGGGGUGGAAUAUCCCGUACGAAUGGAACCAGCCAGACCUCUCAGCAAGUCUGCAGUCACUGCAAACGUACUUGAAGGAUGAGGGCGAGGCCGUGCCGUGGAGUGCACUGCGCUACAUGGUCGGGGUCAUCAACUACGGUGGCCGUGUGACAGAUUUUCUGGACAGCCGUUGCCUAGCCACGAUCCUAGGGAAGUUCUUCAACGACGACGUUGUCGCGCCGAACACGCAGUUUGACUUCUCAUCGGAUGGUGUCUACCACGUACCAGAGGAUGUGUCGUCGCUCGCCAGUGUCCGUGCGUACCUCAAUUCCCUGCCGACCUUUGAGAGCCCUCCGCUGUUUGGGCUUCACGCAAACGCGGAUAUCGAUUUCAACAAAAGCACAGUGCGACGCCAGCUCGCUGCCAUCUUGUCUAUGCAGCCGCGCACAAAGGCCGCGGCGGGUCGCAGCCCGGAAAACAAGGUGCUGGAGAUGGUGGAAGAGUUCCAGAGACGGCUGCCAACAGCGAUUGACAAGGCACACGCUCAUGCAGACACGUACCGGCUCACCGAGGCGGGAACAAUGAUCUCGUUGGGAACUGUGGCAAGCCAGGAGAUUCUUUUCUUCAACGGCGUACUCGCAAAGCUGGAGCGGACGUUGCGACUGCUGCUGCGGGCGAUCAAGGGUGAGGUGAUUAUGUCCGCCGACCUGGAGUCCAUGUUCAACGCAAUGCUGCUGGGACAGGUGCCAAAGCUGUGGCACGACGGCAGCUACCUCUCGCGAAAGCCACUUGCCUCCUGGUAUGAGGAUACACUGAGACGUAUCAAGUUCUUCCGCGACUGGAACAACAACGGACUGCCGACCAGCUUCUGGAUCUCCGGCUUCUUCUUCCCGCAAGGGUUCCUCACCGGUGUGCUGCAGACGUACAGCCGUCUUCAUCAGACGCCGAUUGAUGAGGUGAAGUUCUGCACCCACGUGACAUGUUACGAGUUACCGGAGGAUAUCGAGGACAACAAAGAGAGUGGCGUGUACAUCCAUGGCAUCUUUGUCGACGGUGCUGGCUUCAGUCUAGACAGUUCCACGCUGGAAGAGAGCAAGCCAGGUGAGUUGUACAAGCCAAUGCCAGUCAUCCACCUCGAGCCCGUACGGCUAAGCGAAGCGACAGCGACGUCCGAGUCCUAUGCGUGUCCGCUCUACAAGACAUCCGCCCGUGUUGGCACCCUCUCAACGACGGGUCUGUCGACUAACUACGUCGUCACGCUCGACCUCAAGUCCGCAGCGGGGGUGCGACCGGAGCACUGGAUUGAGCGAGGUGUGGCGCUGCUGUGUAUGCUGGAUGACUAA